GACAAGAAUAACCCAUAACAGAGCACCAGCAAAAAUGUCGUUCGUUCAGCUUGCCAAGGACUUUUGUGAGGCGAUGCUUCCCCACGUCCAUGCUGUCGAAGUAGCGGAGGCUGAAGAAGCACUCAGGCGCCGUGUAGCUCUUGUGGAUGCAAUUCCCAAGGCCACAGAUACAGAGUUAAAUGAUGGCUUGGAUCUCCUUGCUGGAUAUCUCUCUCGGUAUAAUGUUGAGGACGCAAAUCGCAUGGCGAAUAUAGCCUACAUCGGGUCCAAGUUGAUAGACGCCGGCGCAGAGCCACGAAAGCUUGAGAUUCUUCUUGAGAAGCUGCCGCAGGUUCUACGUGCUGCACGGCGCUACGCGGAUGGUCUUUGGUCCCACAUGCCUGCGGAAUUUGACGAGGACGAGACGAUUGUUGCUUCAAUGGAUGGCCGGCGUAUCCCUGCAAGUGUAUUCUAUGUACACGACGAGCAGGACCCAGCAGGAAGGAUAAGCCUGCAUUUAAUCUACAUGUGGAUUAUACCGACAGUGGUUAUAUUGACACGGGAUAGAGAGUUGCUACAAAAUGCUCUUGCGGAUGACGAACUCCAAGGAAGCCUCCGAGCAGUUGUUCAGUCUGAUUGUCAGUUUCUCGGCAUGCUUCUUUGGGGAGCAUUUAACGAGGCGUGGCACAUUGUGCUGCCAACGGCUCGGCGAUCUUUUCACAUUCGAGUCGACGGUUUCGUUACCAAUCGAGCCAUUUUUGCAUUAAUAUCCGAUGUUCUUAUCCGAGAAGCAGGUAUUGAGGGCGCAAGAAACGCACCGGAUGUUCUCUCCUUCUUACGGGGUGAGACAGAGCAUUGCAAGACGGAAACUGCCUUUUGUUCAUUCCAAUUCUACACAUGCAAAGCUGGCAAUCAUGACUGGUCAACAGGAAGUCCUCCUCUGGCAUUCAUCGCCUCGAGCAGUGGCUGGCCAAUUGAUAUCCCACGCUUUGAAGGACGAAAGCUGCUGAUGCUUGGCCCGCAGCCACCCAAGGAGCCAGUGGACGAUUCUUGGCCAGCAGGAGAUACAUUCAUCAACCUUUACGAUCCACAUCGAGCUAUCAUGGGUGAACCAGGCUAUAUCCCCUUUACAUCGCCGUUUCAGCGAUUGCAACGGAGCGUGACAUUAGUGCAUGAGGUCGAACUGGAGGAAACAAACGAUGUACUGGCUGAGCUAGCGAAGUGUAACGGUCUCAACUGAGUAUAUUGACAACUAGCUGAGCGACUACUACGAGUAUCCGAAUAUGAAGAAGAAAUCGAAAAAGGGUUGUUCUAGCUCGACUGGAAUGGCCUCUUAUAUAACUUACAUAGAUCCCCAAUCAAUAGUGUUGUGACUAUUGUGACAUUGGACGUAUGUCACUUUACCAGAUGAGUGAAGGAACAGUUAAGUCACUGGAAGUGGAUAACAUAGGAAAAGGAAGUGAAUACAGGAUGUAUUCGCUGUAUUUAACUAGAGCAGUUCCGACCAUUGAACUAGAAGAGAACAACGAACUUUUACCACAACCUCUCACCUUUCGAUAACACGUGUUAUUAAGCCUUGAACCAACAAAUAGCUAUGCGAAACUUCCACGAGCCUAGCCCAUUCCACGAGGGAAUAGCCGGUCUAAGGUUAAGGCGAU